GUCAAGUGACGGCCGCUCACGUUACGUUGAUUGGCACCAUUCGCUUGUGGUUGUUUGGAGGAAAACGGCCACAUGAAAAGUUUAGCGAGCGCGGUGCACUUUGGCGAGAUGCCCCCCGCCGCCGCCGCCGCCGCCGCCCGGACGCUCACUCGCCCCUAUGGAAUAUAGUCCCGCUGUCCACGGUGCCCAUGUUGUGCCAGCACCCCACGUGAAGAACAAAGUGUUCGUCUUGUGCAUCAUGCUGUCCCUGUGGGUCUACAUGAUCUACUGCUGCUUGGGCUCCAGCUCGGCCGUGCCCGGGUUCGGGGCGGCGGCGCGUCCGUCCCGCGACUUGCUCGACGACGCGUCGGACGGCAGAGGGGACGAGUGGGACGACGUCGACGCCGCGGCGGCUUGCCUCAAUGAGUCGGCGAGUCAAAAGUUACCCCGGGCCAUCAUCAUCGGCGUGAAGAAAGGGGGCACGCGCGCCCUGCUGGAGUUCCUGCGGCUGCAUCCGGACGUGCGCGCGGCGGGGGCAGAACCGCACUUCUUCGACCGCAACUACCACAAGGGCCUGGACUGGUACAGACAAUUGAUGCCAAAGUCCUCCGAGGGUCAGCUGACCAUGGAGAAGACGCCCAGCUACUACAUCACCAAGGAGGUCCCCGCUCGUAUCUACACCAUGUCCAGAGACACCAAGCUGAUCGUGGUCGUCCGAGACCCCGUCACCCGAGCCAUCUCGGACUACACGCAGACCCGCUCCAAGAAGCCGGACAUCCCGUCUUUUGAGAGCUUGACCUUUAAGAACACGUCGGCGGGCGUGAUCGACACGGCGUGGAGCGCCGUUCAGAUCGGCAUGUACGCCAAGCACCUGGAGCGUUGGCUCCACUACUUCCCCAUGGAGCAGCUGCUGUUUGUCAGCGGCGAGCGGCUCAUUAGCGACCCCGCCUUGGAGGUGGCGCGGGUCCAGGAUUUUCUCGGGCUCAGGCGAGUGGUCACCGAGAAGCAUUUCCACUUUAACCCAGCAAAGGGCUUCCCUUGCCUAAAGAGACCAGAGGGCCACAGCAAACCUCACUGCCUGGGCAAAACCAAAGGCAGAACCCAUCCUAACAUUGACCCGGGGGUGGUGCAGAGACUACGGGAGUUCUACAAACCAUUUAACUUGAAGUUUUACCAGAUGACGGGUCAUGACUUUGGCUGGGACUGAGAAGAAGACGAGAGCAGCAAGGCUAGUUCAUUGACUUGUGUGUGUGUGUAUUUUUAUUUUUUAUAGAAUUGUAUCAUCCAGAAGGUGUAGAGAGUAUAUUUGCCAGCUAUGUAUAGAGUUCAGAAGUUUAUUUUAUGAUAAUUUAUUGCUAUUAUAUGAAAUUCCUAAGAUGUGUAAGCAGGUUUACUCUCGAUCAGGGAUCCUCACACUGUAGUGCGUGCACCCCUGAGGGUGACUGUUUUGUUUAAUUAUUUUACCUUCCAUUGCAUUUUUACCCAAGUAAAAAGGUUAAAUACAUUCAUUUCUUUAAAAAAAAAUACAAAUAAAAAAAUUUGAGGGUAUGUACAGUACCCAAAAUGCAA